UAGAGAAGGGACGGAGAAAACAGCAAACGAACCGAGCAGCGGAAGAAUCCAAAAUCAAGUAAAACAACUAGAACUAUUGCGUYAUGAACGCCUSCAGAGCGAUUCGCACGGCAAGGAACGUGGUGGUCCGAKCCACACGGAGCGAUGCGACGAGGAGCCUGGGMUCCCUUMCCAACRGAUCAAACAGUGCCCAUCGCGGAAUCGCCCCGCAGCCAAGCCCGAACCGGGACUGGAGCCCCCCGGCCGGAGCCCAAUCCGCAGCAAGCGGGGUUUGUGUUUCUGUUUCGGUUUCCGCUCCCCGCCGCUCCAUGGUCACGGUCACGCAGACAAAGACCUCCGAGGCGCCCCUGUACUCCGCUCCCCGAACCGGAGACGACGGUGCGUCCUCCUCCGAGGCACCGACCUACGUACGGAACGAGGACACCACCCUGAACGUCACGCAGGGCUGCCUGGACCAGGUCGAGCGCCUCCUGCGGCAGCGCCGGGAAAGCGAGGGCGACAACAGCAGCGACGGCAACGACGGCUACUUUCUGAGGACGUACGUCGAUGCCGGCGGCUGCUCCGGGUUUCAGUACCAGUUCGAGGUCGACAACGACCUGGACGAGGACGAGGACGUCGUGGUGGUCUUUGCGCUGGACGGUGGCGUCCCGAGGCCCCGGGUCGUCGUGGACGAGACCUCCAUGGGCUUUCUGGAGGGCUCCACCAUCGACUACGUCGUGGAAAUGAUCAAGUCCGCCUUUGUGGUGACGGACAACCCACAGUCCGAGUCGGCCUGUGGCUGCGGGAGCUCGUUCGCGAUGAAGAACUUUGAGAAAUUCGGAACGGGGGACUGAGGAAACGCCGGAACAAAAAAAUGAAACAAAACCGAAUCGAAUCAAAUCGAAUGUCAUGUAAUAAUUUGAAGUUCUAGCA